AUGUCUCUCUUGAAUCAUGGCGUCCGGUUGGACAUGUUCACUGACAUCAUGACAGGUUCCGAGCAGCACUCCUCGCCGUUGGGCUUUGGCUCUGGCUCUGCUUCAGAAUCAGGAUCAGGAGCAGGCCCAAGGUUGUCCUUGUUCAAUGCAAAUACGAGUACAACGCCUGGCGCACCUGCAUCUGCACCUACAAAUGCAUCACCUUACUCGCACUCACACUCGCACUCAAAUUCGCGCUCGAGCCGUUUUGCUUCUGUGAAAAGAUACCUUCGCUCCGGUUCAGACCUCGUCAGGAGCAGGAGCAGAAGCAAGAGCAAGUCCAGAAACGAACUGGGUCUCUUCGUCGACGACACUGCUAGCCCUACUGCUGCCCCUACUACCGACGGAACGGUGGAAUUUGCAGGGAGGACAAGCAGAGAGGCUAGAGUUCGCUCUUCGACUGGCCCUUCUUCGCAGUCUUGGUUCCGCGCAGACUCUUCCCUUGAGGUCGUACACCCGAUACUACUAGACCCGACACACGCCAGUCCUCAGCCGCCAACACCUCCCCUCCCCCUUCCACGGCCUUGGGGUUCCUCGCUUUCACCACAGCAAAAAGUUCCUGUUUCCGCGCCUUGGUCUGCUUCUACGUCUGCGUCCCCUUCGGCAGCCAGUGUACUGCUGCCUCUCUCACCGCCGCUCUCGCCCACGACUGAGCAACCGCAGCCACCAACGCCUGUUUCGCCUUAUGGACGCUCGCAGGAACGCUUACUCGCCUCACCACCACCGUCUGCACCGCCGAACCUCUCAUAUCCGUCAACGUCCAUACUCUCCCGACUGAGUGAAAGGCAAUCGCCCGACAUCCCUUCUAUGGCUUCCAUUAGACGCCCUUCGUCCUCUAGGGGAGGAGACUCUGGCGGGAACCAAAACACCAUCACUGGUAGCAGCUUGCCGAUUCACUCACAUUCUCAAUCACAAUCCCAGUCACAGUCACAGCCACAGCAACAAUCACAGAAUCACUCACAAACGCAAAAUGGGACCGGUGCGACGGCAGGCCCAACAAAUCUUUCCGGCCUGGUGUGCAACGUCCACCGCACCACUGGUCGAGAGCCGCACGCCCUCGUCGGCGCCACAACCACGAUUCUAGGUGACAAACUCUAUGUUUUCGGUGGCCGGUUGUUAUCCCGUGCUCGACCAGAGCUUACCUCUGACCUCUAUGAGUUGGACCUGAUCAAACGACACUGGACAAAAGUACACCCCACUGGUGAUGUGCCGCCUCCACGAUACUUCCAUAGUAUGUGCCCGCUGGGCGAUACCAAGCUCGUCUGUUAUGGCGGCAUGUCCCCCCGCGCGGCUGUCGCUGGACACCCACCCACCAAUAUCAGCUCUUCCCAUUCAGCAGGGCAGGAAGCCCAGCCCGAGGUUGUAGUGAUGUCAGAUGUGCACAUUUACGACGUUGUAACAAGGACAUGGACUCAUAUCAACACCGCGAACACCCCACAGGGCCGAUACGCACAUUGCGCAACUAUCCUCCCAUCUUCGGCACCGUUUGUCUCUGCCAACGCUCCAAUGACAGCUAUACACAACAACCCGUCUACGUCCAAUUCAAACCCGCACCAAGGCUCCAUCGGUGUUGAGAUAGAUGGCUACGGAGGUGCCGAGAUGGUCGUCGUCGGCGGUCAGGAUAGUUCAAAUCAUUACAUAGAGCAAAUAAGCGUGUUCAACCUCCGAAGCUUGAAAUGGACCGCCACCAGCCCGCUUGGCCGCAGCUGCGGCGCGUAUCGUUCUGUCGUUGUCCCGCUGGCGGGGAUGUCAGUCAAUGACCUGGGCGCUGAAAGGGCCGAUAAAGAUCACGCAAACGUUAACAACAGCCAUGAUGCAGUCGGGACACCUGGAUCGGCAAUGCUGAUAUAUUCAAAUUAUAACUUUCUGGAUGUAAAGCUUGAACUUCAGGCUCGUCUUCCGGAUGGAAAGCUUGUUGAGAAGGCAAUGGAUACGUCUGUUUCCCCACCUGGUCUAAGGUUUCCCAAUGGCGGUGUUAUAAAUGGACAUUUCGUCGUCAGCGGCACCUAUCUCACUGCCUCUAAGCAGGAGUAUGCUUUAUGGGCGCUUGACCUAAAGACCAUGACCUGGGGCCGUAUUGAUGCUGGUGGCUCUAUUUUCUCGUGCGGCAGCUGGAACCGUGGCAUCAUCUGGAACCGGAGAAGUACCUUCGUCAUCCUAGGACACCGCAAGAGGAAUCUUGUAGAAGAUUAUAACCAUCGUCGCAUCAACUUUUCCCACAUAUGUAUGGUUGAGCUUGAAGCCUUUGGCCUCUAUGAGAACCCAAGGAGAGCUGCGCCGACAUCUGGAUACGUCUCCGUGAGUGCGCCUCCUCUACGAUCGAUGUUACAGCCGAAAUUCUCAGUACAGUGUUCUGGCGGGCGACCAUAUUCUGCAGCGGCAGAGAAACUGGGCUUAAUGGCGCAAGCAUGUACUGAGCUAGCAGACAUGGACUUGCUCACAAUUGGUGGUGAACGCAUUCCGGUUAGCUCUCACAUCCUCUCCCGUCGAUGGGGACCUUACUUCGUCCAGCUUCUUGCGAAGCUACCGCAGUGGCCCGGUGAUAGUAUAAAUGACGCAGCAACGCUGCGCCAGCCCAACGCUGCGUUGAACAGUCGAAACUCGACAAUUACUAUCACUCCAUCAUUGAGCACCGCCAGUCAAUACUCUACAGCCACGACGUUGGGUCAACACUAUGUCAAUAACAGCAACAAUUCAUCUAUGAAUAACGCCAGCAUCAUAAGGACAACUGUGGACGGCCACCGGGCUCUUCCUCAUCCGCCUCUUCUUGCCUGUCUCGUGCAUCUAACCUUGAAAUUCCAUCUGCACACAGCCUUCCACCAGCUAUCCUCUGCUCCCUUCUUCAACUGGCUCGACCCUACCAGGUUGACGGUCUUUCUAGAAGCCACCGUGGAACGCCUCCAUCAAGUCCUCGAUGGCCGCAAUGCUGCCGCCGUUUUUAAUGCUGCUGCCAUGGCGGCCGGGGUGGCCGCGGUACCAACCUCUCCCUCGCAUUCGACGGAACCAUGGAUUCUCUCAGCGACGCACAUUCCCGCUCAUAUAGCCACUCUCACUCGCGCUCUCACAACAGACGGCAUAAGCUCUUUCAGUUCCUCGGAUGCCGAAUCCAUAGACAGACCCAACACCGCCAGCAGCACCGCUUCUGCCUCCAGCGGCACUGCGGGCCGCUCGACAAGCUCUCAACGGCCUGCAAACCUCCGCAUAAACACCAACUUCGGUAACGGCAGGAAUCGCGCCGAAUCAGCUGAAAACGCCAGUAUACCCAACUCUGCCUCCACCAAUAAUAGUAACGGUGGCCUGGGCUAUUCCGAUGCUGAGCUAUCACAGCAUGCCAGUGAUCAACGUGGCCGGGUCAAGGGUGGCCGAGACGUUUGGACAGCUAAUAUCAGCAGCGUUGUUGGCCUGCAGAAGCGCGGCCUCAGAGGUCUAAUGGAAGGGCGACGAAUGAGAGAGAGAGGCGCUAGUAGCGCUGAUACCCAAGACCAAAAUACUGGAGUCAUACCCGUUAAGAUGGGGCUCGGCAUAUCUUGA